AUGGAAGAGAUGAUAACUGCAGAAGAUACUAAUGUUCCAAGGCCUGAAGUUACUGCUGCUGGCACCAAUGAUGAUGAUUUAAACAUUCACAAGGGUAAGGAAAUUGGUCGUGCAGUUGAGACUUGUUUGCUGGAUUGGGGUAUAGACAAAUUGUGCACACUCACAGUUGAUAAUGCUAGUUCAAAUGAUCUUGCAGUUGCAUAUUUGAAAGAAAAGAAGCUUGCUAGGAAUGUUGGCUCUUUCCUUUUAGGUGGUGAAUGUUUUCAUAUGAGGUGUUGUGCACAUAUAUUGAAUUUGAUUGUGAAAGAUGGUUUGAGUGAUGUAAAUGGUUCAAUAGUUCGAAUUCGUGAGGCUGUGAAAUGGAAUUCCACAUACCUUAUGUUAGAGGUGGCCGUAAAGUUUCAGAAAGCUUUUGAAAGAUAUUUUCAUGAAGUGUUCGGAAUUGAAAAGUCGUUAAAUACAUGGUCAAAGAGUCCCGAUAUUUGGUUAAGUAAUAUGGCAUCAAAAAUGAAAAUUAAAUUUGACAAAUAUUGGGGAAGCAUUGAAAAAGUGAACAUGUUGGUGGCGCUUGCGGUUGUGUUGGAUCCUCGUUAUAAAUUGGAAUUUGUGGAAUUUUGCUAUUCCCAACUUUAUUCUCUUGAAAUGGUUCAAAACCUUAGUAAGAAGGUAAUGGAUACAUUCAACCACAUUUUUAGUGAAUAUGCAAAGUUUCAUGCACUUACUUCAAGCUCUAGUGGAACAAGUAAUAUUGCAAAUGAGGUGGGAGUUGAUGAUGGAAAUGUGGAAGAUGAUUUUUCCUCUUUGUACAUAAAGCGUAAGAUACAAAAAGAAAGUUCUACUCCCAAGUCGAAAGUGGAAAAAUAUUUGGAGGAAGCUUGUGAAGAUGUUGUUCCAGAAUUUGACAUCUUGAAUUGGUGGAAGGUGAACGGAAGCAAGUAUAAAAUACUUUCUAAAAUUGCAAGAGAUAUUCUACCUGUUCCAGUCUCUACUGUUGCUUCGGAGUCUGCUUUUAGCACUGGAGGUCGUGUGCUUGAUCAAUUCCGUAGUUCUUUAACUCCAAAGCUUGUGGAAUGCUUAAUUUGUACACAAGAUUGGUUACAAGCUUCACCAAUACCAAUUGAUGUUGAAGAAAAGUUGGACGAACUUGAACAAUACGACUCUGAUGUGACUACAGUUUCAGAUUCAGAUUGA